AAGUCAAUUGGCUCGCCUGCGCGCUCACGCUCAAUCCGCGCUCCCGAUGACUCGUGGGCAGCGAGCAGCCAGCUGCAGAGCAGAGCGGACCAGCGCUGUACUGCGGUGAACAGAGCCCGGGACCACCCGAACCGCUCGCUGUUCUGCACACAAGAUGCUUCCGUGGACAGAGCGACGUGAAAUGUCUGCGCUCUGAAACCACCCACUUCAUUUUUCUCUGACAACCAGAAGGAGCGAACGCUAACGACGCGCCUCACCGUGAACGCUACGCAGGGUUGAUUAUGACACGCUGGAGCCUCGGCGGUUCUGGCCAUCAUCUCUGGAGAACAGAUAAGGAAUUGAAAGAAUAAAGACCAGAAAGAAAACGGCAGGAGACGACUUGCAUAUGGAAGACGGAGCUUUGCAAUAAGCUCAGGGAUGGAGCCAGGUUUACAGGCCUUUGACCGGAGGAGCACUGGGAUUCAGAGAAAAAUCCAAUAAUGGGAAAUCAGUUUAGACAUUCUGAAACGCAAUGAGAUUUCCACAAAGUGCAGCUCUCUUGAAUUUGGAGUUCCCUUAUGUAGUUUAGCCUGCAUGCACCCUGUCUGUGGACUUCUCCUUUAGUGUGGGUUUGUGGGCUUCACAUCCAUCACUCACUUUCAAAAUGGAUAUGUUUCUCUCUUACCAAGCUGCUGUCAAAAUAAGGAUGAUAUAAACAACCUGAAUCACUGACAAUAUGUCGAGCGUUAAAAAGAAAACACCUGUCAGCGGAGGAGACGGGCGUUCAAAAACUGUAAUAAACGGCUGCAGACAAAACGUCCCUUCCUGCCAUCUCUCCAUCCUCCUCCUCCUGCUCCUCUUCUCCCUGGGUGCCCCUCACAUGGAGUCUAUAGAGAGCCAUAGCGAAUUCAGCUGUGAGCCCAUCAGACUGAGAAUGUGCCAGGAUUUGCCUUACAACACCACCUUCAUGCCCAAUCUCCUGAAUCACUACGACCAGCAAACGGCUGCUCUGGCCAUGGAGCCUUUCCACCCAAUGGUGAACUUGGCAUGCAGUGCCGACCUGAGGAUGUUUCUGUGCGCCCUGUACGCGCCGGUGUGCACAGAAUACGGCCGAAUGUCCAUGCCGUGUCGGUCCAUCUGCCAGCGGGCCAAAGACGAGUGCCACAAACUCAUGGAGAUUUUUGGAGUAGCUUGGCCAGAUGACAUGGAGUGUAGCAGGUUUCCAGAUUGUGAUGAGCCUUACCCUCGCGCCGUGGACCUGCUGACGGGCCCAGAACCCACUGACCAGUCGUCCAUGACGGUCCAGAGAGAUUACGGCUUCUGGUGUCCCCGAGAGCUGAAGGUGGACCCAGACCUGGGCUACUCCUUCAUGGGAAGGAAGGACUGCUCUGCUCCCUGCCCAUCCAUGUUCUUCAGCCAGCAGGAGCUCAGCUUCAUGAGAUACUUCAUUGGAGUCGUCUCUAUUGUUUGUCUCUCUGCAACGCUCUUCACAUUCCUGACGUUUCUCAUCGAUGUUACAAGGUUCCGAUACCCUGAGCGGCCAAUCAUCUUCUACGCUGUGUGCUAUGUCAUGGUGUCGCUGGUCUUCUUCUUGGGUUUCCUUCUGGAGGACAGAGUAGCAUGCAAUGCGGUGAGCCCGGCCCAGUUCAAAGCUUCAACCAUCACACAGGGCUCUCACAACAAGGCAUGCACUCUCUUCUUCAUGGUCCUGUAUUUCUUUACCAUGGCUGGCAGCGUUUGGUGGGUCGUACUGACAAUCACUUGGUUCCUGGCCGCUGUGCCUAAAUGGGGCAGCGAGGCCAUUGAGAAGAAAGCCCUCCUCUUCCACGCUGUGGCCUGGGGCCUCCCAGGGGCCCUCACUGUCUCCCUGUUGGCCUUGAAUAAGAUCGAGGGAGAUGGGAUCAGUGGAGUGUGUUUCAUAGGCCUGUAUGACAUCGAUGCCCUGAGGUGGUUUGUUCUGGCACCGCUCUGCUUCAAUGUGGCGGUUGGCGUCUCGCUGCUUUUAGUGGGAAUUAUCGCUCUGAACCGGGUCCGGAUGGAGAUUCCACUGGAGAAAGAAAACCAGGCCAAACUCGUCAAGUUCAUGAUCCGAAUGGGCGUGUUCUCGGUGCUCUACCUCGCCCCCUUGUUCACCGUGAUUGGCUGCUACAUUUAUGAACACACCUAUCGGGGUAUCUGGGAAACAACGUGGAUGGAGGAGAACUGUCGGCGGUACCACAUCCCCUGCCCAUAUAAGGUGGAGACGACCAGCAAGCCGGCCUUGGUUCUGUUCCUGAUUAAAUACCUGAUGAUGCUGGUGGUGGGGAUUCCCUCUGUGUUCUGGGUGGGCAGCAAGAAGACGUGCUUUGAAUGGGCCAGUUUCCUGCACGGACGCAGACGCAAAGACAGUGGGGUGAAUGAGUCCCGGCAGGUUCUGCAGGAGCAGCCGGACUUUGCUCAGUCUCUGCUGCGUGAACCCAACACCCCGAUUAUCAGGAAGUCAAGAGGGACGUCUACACAGGGCACCUCCACCCACGCCUCCUCCACCCACUUGGCAGCUCUAGAAGAUCUGGACGAACCAAUCAGGACUCACCAUGGUCACCCUGCAUCGACCAGAAGCAAGCCCAGCAGUGUCCACAGCAAGGCCAGUUACCAUGGCAGCCUGCGCCGCAAUCGAGAUGACAGGAGCGAUUCUCUAGCUUACCGGGGCACACCGGACCGCAAUCUCCAUGGCAGCAUGCCCCGGCUCGACCACCCGCUCUCCACCCACAGCAGCCUGCAUAAGAUAGACGGCCACUCCAGGCACAGCAGCCAGCGGGAUGCAUCGGAGGUUUCGCCUACCCUCAUUACCCACGGAGCCACAGGGAGUGAUGGCCGGCCUGCUGAGGACGGCACCAGCGCCUGAGGAGUUCAUCGCUUUCUGCAGCAAAAAGCAGAAUCUACCAGAACGCUGUGGUGGUUUGUGAUCCAGUCUGGUCCUUUGUGUUACAGAUUCAGGAUUUAUUCAGGGAAAACUGUGGAGAGCUGCAACUUGCACUGGACAGACCAGGAACUGGCAAAAUAAGGUUGUUGCACUUAAUAUUACAGUCAAAACCUAAUUCCAUAGGACCUUCACAAAUAUUAUGAAACUUGUAAAAACAACUGCAGAGUUUUGUUUUUAUAUCAAACUCUUCUUCGUCUGUCACAAAAGUGGCUCGUUUAUUUUGGCCUGCAGCUGUUGAUGCUCAUCUGUGUGUGGAGUCUUAGACAAAAAUGGGCCUAACAUGGACCUUUUAAUUGUUUAGUAAAUAUUUUUAUACU